AUGGGUCGGAAAGCGGAGGUUGGCGCGGAGCCAACUGUUGGAACAGCCCGUCAAGUGCGAGCAAACCCGUACGCGCGCAAGCGCGCGAGAUCGCAUAACGAUUCGCCCGACAGCAAGGAGUCAGCCCAAACACGACAAAAAUGCCUACAGGACGCAAACGACCCCAUUUUCUGCCUUACUGCUGUUGCCACCACACAAACAAUCUCGCCCACGCACCGGCACACUGUUCAACAGGGCGCUGCCUGCGGUGGUGCUGAACGGAGAUCGUGGAACGAUCACCUCAAGCUACGGCAUCACACAUUCGAGGCACAAGAUUAG